AUGAAGGUUUCUAUUCCUCUUCUGUGUGGUCUCGGCCUGCUACCCACGACCCGUCGCAAUGUGACCAGCACACAAGUCCAGUUGGAGCUGGGUGGCAAGGUUUCCAACACUACUGUUAUCUAUGGACCACAAGACCAUCGCUACGCUGAGGCCACUGCAAGAUGGAGCAGCUUUGCCAUGCCUCACGUCCAAGUCGUUGUCGAGCCUACCCAGGAGUCCGACGUCUCAACAAUAGUGGAAUACUGCAAUGAGAACAACAUAGAUUUCUUGGCCAUAAACCGUGGCCAUGGACAUUCGGCAAGUCUCGGCACCUUCAACGGCAUUCAGAUCAACGUGGGAAAACUUGACAAUAUCGACAUCCAACCUGGUGGCAAUUCUGUCUGGUUUGGUGGCGGCGUCUUUGGUGGCCUUGUGUCGAAGACCCUCUGGGAAAAUGACUAUGUUGCCACGACUUGA